AGAAGGAGAAGGAUGAGAAGAAGGAGAAGGAUGAGAAGAAAGAGAAGGAUGAGAAGAAGGAGAAGGAUGAGAAGAAGGAGAAGGAUGAAGCAGAAGGAGAAGGAUGAGAAGGAUGAGAAGAAGGACAUGUAUUUGCAGAAUGUCAUUUAUGGAAAAAAAAAUAGAUACAAUGUUUCAACCGCUGUAUGGAGUGAAUGUCCCAGAACUGUCAUAAAUAGUCUAUUUCUGACAGUUCUAUGACAUUCCCUCCAUACAGCGGUUGAAACCGCUGUAUGGAGUGAAUGUCCCAGAACUGUCAGAAAUAGUCUAUUUCUGACAGUUAUGGGACAUUCCUUCCAUACAGCGGUUGAAACUUGUAUCUAUUUGUUUCCA